AUGGACCCAAACUAUAACCAAUACGCUGCGCAGGCCCUCAUGGACCAAGGGUACUGCGACGCCCGAAAAUCGAUACACGAUGCUAUGCCGGUGGUAGACUUUCAGCUCGAAGAUCAUAGAGUGGUCUACGUAGAACAACCUCGCUCGUGGAGAAUUACACGAACGAAUUCCACUGAAGAACAAAACUUCUACGUGUACGGCGCAAUAUGCAGAAACGAAUUGCCGCCUAUUAAAUUAAGUGACGCAACACCGUCUAUGAAGAAGAAAGCGAUAUAUCUUCGACAGGGAGUUAGAAUUACCGGACUGCGGAGCAACGGAUUCAACGACGAUGCGGUUAGUAUAAAGCAUGUACACGAGAUGAUGAAGACAUACCUCAAAAAGGAAGACAUAGAGGUAAAGCCGUGGAACUUAAGCAUGUACGAAGGUCAUUGGGCGGUCGACGCAAGUACGCGUUACUUCACACCUAGAAAGCAUGCGCCGACAGAAGCAGGACUGGCGUUCGAUAUGGGUGUAGAUCCAGACGGCGUGUUGGCGCACAUGAGAGGAGACGAUCUCAUACACACCAUGGACAACAAGGUCGACUAUUUGCGAGAAGUCAAAAACGAUAACGGUACAAGCACAUCGCGUGUGGUUCCCAGCGUGUUCAAAGUUGGAGACAUAGUCCGAGCGACCAUAGCAUUCAUAGGAGUGAUGCACAAAGACAAAGCUGUCGCGAUGACCACAGUUCUGAGAGCGCUUACGCUCAUACAUGAUGUGCAAGACGUACGAAAUGGCCCAGCAGAGUUCAUAGAGAAUGACGCAGAAAUCGCGAAGAUACCCGUCAUGAAGCGCCGUCGAGUGUAUGACGAAGAUAGAGAAGUAAGACAAAAGAUGGAGGACAUGACCAUACACAGAGAAUAG